GAGGUCAUUUACCUGUUGGUUGGAGCAGUCCUCUUCCUCACGUGCGGUGCUACUUACAUCCACAACUGGUUAAACUUCCGCCCGGCGGACUUUGAUGGCGGGCUGUUGGACAAGUUGCCAGCGGAAGUGUUGCCAGCUGAGUUACCAUUGCCAUUCGACAUCCGGGAAGUGAAGACAGACCUGAAGCGGUAUCGGGAAGCUGCUCUGGCACUCGGUGGAAUGUCCGUGGCGAAUGGAAUCCUCUACUUCUUGGACUCCUGGCUCUCUGUCUACACCAUGCACAAGUCUAUGUCGUAAUUAAUGUAUAAGGCGCAUGAUGGGCGGUGCGCAAAUGGUACUUACCUUCUCCAUCUGCUAAUUCUGCUUCACGGAUACUCGUCCGAGGGAUUCUAUAGACAUCUGAACCAUGCGUAUUACGUCUAUAUUGUGAAUUUGGCGUUUAGGUAUGGUAAAUGCUCCAAUAAAUAACACUUGGUCUCUAUAAGUGGGUUCAAUAAGGGAAUAGUAGCUGCUGGCCUCUAAUAGUAGUAUUCAGGUGAAAGAGAGGGGAGGGGGUUGAAAAAAUUCCAAGACAUUUGUUGAUCUUAAUAAUCCUUUGCACAAUACAGACAACAAAAUUCAAUUCAAUUAUGUAACAAAUCAAAAAUUGUAAUUUUUUACCAAUAAUUGUAUACCAACCAACAGAAGUCUGUUAUGUAUAUUUAGUCCAUUGCAUGAGAGGGCAAACUGCCUCUGGAGGUGGUCUGUUGUGCAGGAAGUCCAUUGUGCAGGUGUUAAUUGUAUAGUUUUAAACACUCAACAAAGAAAACCUUUCCAUUAGCUUUUUUUUUGCAUUUCUGCUAUAAGUCCAAAAAUCAAUGGAAAUUCAUUGUUGUUCUACAGUUUCAGAAGUUGGAAAUAAUUGCUGGUUUCUAAUAACAGAUGCCAGUCUCUAUUAAAGGCUGAAUUGAAAAUUUCAAAUAAAUGCCAGGGUGUUGAUUGGAGCAUAUAAACAUCUGAAAUAUGCACGAGUCUGUGCCAUAGAUACAUGGCAUAAGUUUGUCUCAGAAUGUCUGUCAAAAAUGGCAUCCUCAACUUCCUGGACCCUUUGGUUCCUCUGUCUCUGCCAUUUUUUUUUACCUUCAUGACAUUGACUUAUGCAUGUUGCUAAUGUAAUGUUACAGUAUAAUGAAUGCUGGGAGUCCAGGAGGACAACACAAGUGGUCCAUGGUACCCUCUAUAUCCGCUUCCUGGAUACUGGGCAUUCUGGCAAC